AUGACUGUCAACAAUUCAAUAAAAGGGGACCUUAACAAUCCUAUUUUUUCUGUCAUUGAUAACGUGACUGCCAGUACGGACAGCUGUAUAGGCACAACCACCCCUGCUGCUUCUGAAGAUGGGAGAGAUCUAAAAGGCUUAUCUCCCAAGGAACCAAAACCUGAUGAAAUUGCGCAAGUCACGAGUAAGGCUAGGGAUCUAUCUUGGGUAGACUUACGCAGAAAAUGCGAAGACUUGGUAGCGACUGAGGACGACCAUAUCAGGCAAGGCGGUCCUCAUUGGGAAAGCACCUUAUUGGGCAGACACAGAGAUCGACAGUCUCUCAGUGAGAUCCGAUCGAAACAGCAACUCCACGAAUUGGAGAUUGAUACCCGCGGUGAAUGUCUUGCGAGAGUUGAUCGGGAGGUAAGAUUGAAACGAGGUCUGGCCUCAGAUUCAUGGUCGAGAUUCAAGUCAGAUAGAGCAUUCUCUUCUUCCAUAGCUAGAGGAGCUACUCAGUGGGGUGAGAACGAUAAUCCAUUCCAGAUGAACCUUGACGACGAGCUAUCAAGAAUCGAGAAGGCUCUUCAAGGGAUUUCCACGAACAGAAGGACCGAGGAUAUAAUGGAAGAACCUGAUGACGAUGAUAGCAAAAAGUAUGAGAUGGAGAAUAGCCUUAUGAGCAAGCUACGCUCUAAGCAUUGCUUUCUCAAUUCUAUGACGACCUGGGGAGACACCGGCACUGGCAGGAGCUUGGACUGGCAUGAUGUAUGA